AUGGUGAAGACAUCACACAUUUUUGGAUUCUUAGCACUUUUAGCAAAGUCCGUAUUGGCAGUUGAUUGUUCUGCAAGUGAAUUGUCCCGAUACAAUAUUGAACAAUUGAAAGGAAUUCAUUCAAUUGUAGAAGAAAAAGAGACGCCACCAACGAAAACCAAGACAACUUGGUAUGUGGGGGUCUGUGAGCCAGCUAAGGACGAAGCCACCAAGAAAUGUCCAGCCGAUUCUGAGAUUUGUGGAAUUACCGAAGUUCUUAUCAAUGACAAGUACACCUUAACUCAAGUUAUAAGUUUUGAUUCUAAGUUGACAAAGAACUAUGAAACCAUAUCUGAUGCGAAAGGAGGUGUUAGAGUGGUUUAUAAAGAUGCCACAUGGGGGCCAGAGAAACUUGAAGCCAAAUUGACAUUCACAUGUCCUCUGGAAGAUUCUAGUGACGAUAAAGAUGUAUUCAAAGUUAAAAAUUGGGAUGGGAAAUCCUUGGUCAUUGAAGUUAUAUCCAACGCUGGUUGUAUCAAGGAUAAGGAAAAUGACUCUAAAAAGGGAGAUGGGGACAAGAAGGGCAAUGAUGGGAAGGAAGAUAAGGGAGAAUCUUGGGGUUGGUUUACAUGGAUAUUUAUCUUUAUGGUUUUAUUUUUGAGUAUCUACAUAAUUGGAGGGGCAUGGUUCCAAUAUCAUAAAUCCAAUGCAAUUGAUUUCCAAAGUGCACUCCGUGAAGUCUUGGAGAAUUUCAUUGAACUUCUUAGUGGGUUACCAAACUUUAUCAAAGAAAUUGUAGAAAAAGUGACUGGUAACAGUAAUAGAGGUGGGUACAGUGCUGUAUAA